AUGUACUGUCUUGACAUGAUUACUGAUGCUGGUCUCCUUGCUUCUAAACCUAUCUCUACUCCUUCUGAUCCUUCCAUCAAAAUACACCAAGGUCUCAGUCAUCCUUAUCAUGAUAUCUCUGCUUAUAGAAGGCUGGUGGGAAAACUAUUAUACUUGAAUGCCACAAGACCAGACAUUACAUUUAUAACUCAACAACUCAGUCAAUACUUAUCAAAUCCCACCAUAAAUCAUUAUAAUGCAGCCAUUAGAGUUUUAAAAUACUUAAAAUUCUGCCUAGGUCGUGGAUUAUUUUUUCCUGGAGACUCUUCAUUACAUCUCAUAAGCGUUUCAGAUGCGGAUUGGGCUGAUUGUAAGGAUACAAGAAGAUCUAUAUCUGGUCAAUGUUUCUUCCUUGGAAAGUCUCUAAUAUCAUGGCACACUAAGAAGCGGUUAACAAUAUCUAGAUCUUCUUCUGAAUAA